CCCAAAUAACCAAAUAAAAGCGGUGGAAGAGGAAGAUGCUCUAAAGAGAGAGAAGAGGGUCAAAUUUUUUAAUGAGUUCGCCGUCUUCCUCCAUGACUCUCCGAGAUCAGACGCUGGGUUUCAGCCAUAGAUGAUACAUGACAAAGCUCCUUCCCCACUGACACCAUUCUUCGUUAAUUUGCCACAAAAUUCUCUCAAUUUCCCUGUUUCUGUGUUUCUCAGAUUGCCCAAUUUCUGUUUUCUUACAGAAGCACAAAUUUCUCCCAUUAUUUAGUAGCGAUUGUCUCAAAUUUCCUACAAAUAACCAAUACCCAGAUCUGGGUUUUUCAUUUGUCUCACUCAUUGAUGCUGUUGACCAACAUUUGACAAUCGAUUUAACCCAAAAACUACGUAACAGUGUCCAUUAGCUACUUUAUUGGGAACCCUUUUAUUCUCUUGGGUGACCCUUUUGAAUUCUCUUUCUCAUCCUGUGAAAUUUGGGGGGAAAUCUUUAGUUUGAUCGAUUAAUGGCGGCUUCGAGGAAUGUGGGGGUGAGGGAUGAGGAGAAACUGAAGGAAGAUGACUCUCCGACGGCCAAGAAGCCUAAAUUUGAGAGGUUUCCAUUGACGAAGUGGGAGCUAGCGGCGGCUCUCGGCAUCUUCCUUGUCUGCUCCAUUGGCCUUGUCUGUGUGUACUUGACGAUGCCCUCUGCAGAAUACCAGAGCGUUAAGCUCCCACGAACGCUUUCAGAUCUUCGGGUGCUUAAGGAUCUCUUUGCAAAUUAUGCCAAAGAUCAUCCAGCACAAUUCAUUCUAGGUUAUUGCUCCACCUACAUAUUCAUGCAAACAUUCAUGAUUCCUGGAACAAUUUUCAUGUCAUUGCUUGCUGGAGCUCUAUUUGGUGUUAUCAGAGGGCUUCUGUUAGUUGUCUUUAAUGCAACAGCUGGUGCAUCCUCUUGCUUUUUUCUCUCUAAGUUGAUUGGAAGACCUCUAGUUUAUUGGAUGUGGCCUGAAAAGUUGAAAUUUUUCCAGGCAGAGAUAGCAAAGCAUCGGGAAAAGCUACUUAAUUAUAUGCUUUUUCUAAGAAUAACACCAACAUUACCGAACCUUUUCAUCAACUUGGCUUCACCUAUUGUUGACAUCCCAUUUCAUGUUUUCUUCUUGGCAACUUUAAUUGGCCUUGUUCCAGCAUCCUAUAUCACAGUCAGAGCUGGACUUGCACUUGGAGAUCUGAAAUCAGUGAAGGAUUUAUACGAUUUCAAAACUUUGUCUGUGCUUUUCUUUAUUGGCUUUAUCUCCAUUCUACCUACACUUCUAAAGAGGAAGCGAGUAUACGAAUGACGGCAAAUUUUCAGGCUCCGUCAUUUCUGCCUGAGCCAUGUGUAUGGAUGGCUGCUAUAACAGAUUGAUAUUGGUUUCAAGUGCUCUGAUUGAUGACACUAUACUAGCUGUGCCGAUACUGUGGCCAUUCAGAUGCAAACUGUGUACCAUCAAGCUGUUAUAUAGCUCAAAUUAUACGUUCAGUAAAUGAAUAGGCAGUUGUUUUGAGGCUUUAAAAGGGGGGGUGGGGUGUUGGGAGAAAUAGGUGAAGAUAUUAUAUUCACAUUAGAAGCUCACUGAUUACACUCAAUAUAGGAUAUUUAUAUUUUAUUAUAAUUUUUGUUGCAUUAUAUAUUGAAAAGGCAUACAGGGUCUAAACAGGUUACACAUUGAAAACUAAUUAUAUUUUUUUUCUCUAGAUUUCUACA